AUGAAUUCCAUCGGCAUCGGCCUAAAGUUGAAGAAAUUUAUAGCUCGUGCAGAUCCGCUAGUAGUUUUAGAAGGUGGGCUAAUUCAAGAGCUGGCAAGGUCUAUAUCCUUAAAUAGAACUAUAGCCUUUCUUGAUCAUGCAGCAAUAGCUUUGCGCGAUUGCAUUGAUUACUAUUGUAUACUGUAUCCAGUUGAGAAUUAUGAGAUAAAGAAGAAUACUAUCUUGGAUAUUCUAAACUCAACCUUUGAUGCUCUAUAUGAAAUGUCCCAAACAUUUCCGGAUGAAGCAAUAUUAGAACUAGAAGAUACAGCUGUUGAGACUGAGAUACAAGAAACCCUAUACGGCCUCUUUCAACUCAUUGGCGACGAUUAUCUAUCGAAGAUUAUUGGAAUCUUAAGUAUAAGACCUUACGUUAUGGAGGUGUUGGACCUUUUACUUUCCGUAGAUGAUCGUUGUUUACCAAUAAAAGUAUUAAGAGCUGUAAUCGAAGAAAUUCGUAGUCGACCCAAGCUAAUUAAGGUUUUGAAAAAUAAUUAUAUAUUAAGUGUAUUUAUAUUUACGUAUCUCAUCUAUUUUUAUUAUUUAUUUACCAUGGCUUGA